CUUUACUCGGCCGCGCCCCCGAAAACCCCAGCCCUCCGCUAAACCCCCUGCCCGAUGCUGCUGCAGUCCCUCCUCCGGUCCACCGCCGCCGCCUCCACCGCGGCUCGGACCCGAAACCUCUCCUCCCUCCGCUCCAAUCUCCUCGCCCCCACCGCCGUGGCGGCGGCGGCGGUCCUAUCCCGCCCCUACUCCAAAGCCAAGACCAAGACCACCACCAAGGGCAAGGUCCGGGGCAAGGACCCUCGGGGCGUCUCCGCGGACGAUGCCACCCGGCCCGAAGAUGCCUCCUCCGCCGCCGAUGACGACCUCAAUGUCGAGUUCGAGCUCCCGACCGAUCCCCUACCCGUCACCUACGACCCCGCCCUCGAUGUCGGCCCCGGCGGCCGCCCCCUCUUCUCCUUCACCAAAUCCUUCUCCUCCCUCGGUCGCAAGGACGCAUGCACCUACGUAGACCUCAGCUUGGACGAGUGGAAAGCGAUGUUACCCGAGGGAUUGCCUCCGGGGAUGGUGAAGGAGUUUGAGGAGACGAGGCGGUGUGCUGUGAUGGUGAGGCAGAGCUUUCUGGACUUGCGCGAUAAUUUCCGCUACAUUGUCGACCCGCCCAUCCGUACAGGCGCUAAAAAUUCAAAAAGACAAAUUGUCUUAGAUGGGCCGGUUAGCUGUGGAAAAAGCAUCACACUUGCUAUGCUUGUUCAUUGGGCUCGUUGUGAAGGGUGGCUAGUCUUUUAUGUUCCCAAGGGUAGGGAGUGGACCCAUGGAGGAUUCUUUUAUCGAGCCCCAUAUUCUGAUCUUUGGGAUACUCCUGUCGGGGCUGCUGAAAUCCUUCAGGAUUUUCUGAAAUUCAAUGAAUCUCGCUUGCAACAAUUACCGUGUCAAAUUUUUGAUCCCAUUCCCUUGGGAGAAGGUGCUGGUGUUGGGAUAAUGAAAGGGGUUGAUUCCAUGGCAAUGCCUGAAGGUUCUACAUUAUAUGAUCUAAUCCAAACAGGAAUUGCUUACACGCAUGCUGCAGUCGGGGUUGUAGUUCGUUUGAGGAAAGAGUUAUCACUGGUGAAAGAUAUACCCGUUCUGUUUGCAAUUGAUCAAUAUAACAACUGGUUUACAUUCAGUGAAUAUCAAGAACCUGUAACUGUACGUUCUUGUCGGCCAAUUCAUGCAAGGGAACUUUCAACGGUGAACGCUUAUAGAUCUAUGAUGCAUGGUGACAUGAUGGUUGGAGCAUUCUCUCAUUCAACAGCUGUGGGCAAACUCCGUCAAGAACUUCCAGAUGUUCCAUUAGAUGCCCGUGUCAUGCUCCCUCGUUAUAAUUUGGAUGAGGCUGCCACUGUUUGUCAUUACUAUCUUAGGCAAAGGCUUAUACGACAUGAAACAUUUUCGGAAGAAAAGUGGAAAAAGAUUUACUACUUGUCCAAUGGAAACGGCUCAGAGAUGAGGUGGUUGGCUCCUUUUAUAUAAUGGAGGCGUAGGAACCCUAAAAUGCCCAAUCAAGAAGUUAUAUUCCUGAUAACCUUGGGAUGUGGGCAGCCAGCUGGUGUACUUCAUGUCAUCUUGUGCUCAUUCCACAUUUGGCUAGUCUUGUUCUGUAGCCUGUUAUUGUUUACUUGAAUGGGCUAAGCUUAAGUUUUUCUCUUUUGGAAUAAUGAAAUUUCAUAUACCUACACCAAGUCUUACAGCUUUUUCUUUUUUUUCCUCUUUCCAAAGAUUGCUUCGAGUACAUGUAAGACUAUUAACAUAGUGACUUGUGAUUGUCAAGUCCAAUUAGAUGGUUAUAAUCCAGAGAUGUAGAGAAGUUUGAGUGUGCAAGUUUGGAUUUGGGGCUUAUGGGCAAGAAUGAUGUAUACUUCCUGUCAAGUUUUUUUUUUGUCCUCUUUUAUGAAUUUGUCUUUUACGAUCUCAA